AUGCCAAACGAAAUAGACAGCAUUUUCUCCCAGAAAGAAAGAAAGAAAACGAGCACAAAAGAGAAGACAAAAAAAGAGAUGCACUACGACAUACGAGGGAAAGAAGUUAAGGCACAAGCAACAUACACAGAGGAUGGGUACAAAAUUUACACAGAGCAGGAGCUGAACAUCGGAAAAGGAGGACAAACAGAAAAUUGCCCCAUUGACUGCAAUUGCUGUUUUUAA